AUGGCAGAUACAAGAGCAUUAGAGAAAGCGCAGGAGUUUGUUAACUUCGUCAAUAAUUCACCAACACCAUAUCAUGCAGUAGAUACAGUAAAAGUCGGUUUGCGUAAUGCUGGAUUCAAGGAGAUCCAGGAAAGAUCCAACUGGAAAGAAGCUCAAUUGAAGAAAGGAGGGAAAUAUUUUGUUACCAGGAACGGAUCUUCGUUGAUUGGGUUUACAAUUGGAGACAAAUUUGCCAAUGGAAACGGGAUUUCUAUCGUCGGAGCGCAUACCGAUUCACCAUGUCUUAGAAUCAAGCCAAUUUCCAAAAAAAAUAGUGAAGGAUUUAUUCAGGUUGGGGUUGAGCAAUACGGUGGACUCAUUGCCCACUCGUGGUUUGACAGAGAUUUGUCGAUUGCGGGAAGGGUCUAUGUUAACGACACUAAAACCGGUCAGUAUGUUCCAAAAUUGAUCAAGAUCGAUAAACCUCUUUUAAGAAUUCCUACGCUAGCUAUCCAUUUGCACCGAGAAGUAAAUACCAAGUUCGAAUUUAACAAGGAGACCAAGUUGGUACCUAUUGCGGGGCAAGUGGCAUUGGACAAAAACGAAGCUGAAAGUACUAAGGACUCGAAGAGCUGUGCAGACGACCCAGAUUUACAGUUAUCUCCAGAACAAUUUGAAUCGGUUCAGUCGGUGAUCCAAAGACACAACAAGUCGUUGAUCGAGUUAAUUGCAAAAGAAUGUGAUGUUGAACCCAUCCAAAUCGAAGAUUUUGAAUUAGUGUUGUUUGACCACCAGAAACCUACUCUUGGAGGAUUGAACGACGAGUUUAUUUUUUCCCCAAGAUUAGACAACUUGACUUCGUGUUACUGUGCUAUGGACGGAUUGAUCAGAUCGGGAGAAAAUUUGUCAGAGCAAAAAGGUAUUCAAUUAAUCUCUCUAUUUGACCAUGAGGAAAUCGGGUCGAUGUCUGCCCAGGGCGCAGACUCUACCUUCUUGCCCGAUAUAAUUCAAAGAUUGACCAAGAUUGAUUUCAGUAACCUGGCUGAUAAAGGUGUGUCAGUUGAGUACUUCCAUGAAACGAUGUCAAGAUCCUUCUUAUUAUCCUCUGAUAUGGCCCAUGGUGUGCACCCAAAUUAUGGUGAAUUCUACGAGGGUCAAAACAGACCUCAAAUUAACUUGGGUCCUGUUAUUAAAAUUAAUGCCAAUCAAAGAUAUGCAACUAAUUCGCCUGGUAUUGUCUUGCUAAAGAAGUGCGCAACAUUGGCGAAAGUUCCCUUACAAUUAUUUGUUGUCAGAAAUGAUUCACCUUGUGGAUCGACGAUUGGUCCUAUUCUUGCCGCAAAGUUGGGUAUCAGGACCUUAGAUUUGGGUAAUCCUCAAUUAUCAAUGCAUUCGAUUAGAGAAACGGGUGGAACAUACGAUGUUGUUAGAUUAUGCGAUUUAUUUGUCUCUUUCUUCGAAAAUUAUACUGAUAUUGACAGCAAGAUAUUAUGCAAUAUAUAG